AUGAAUACGGCCUCAGAAGAUUCCUAUGCAAGAGGCACCUUCCUCGAGAACAUCAGCGCACAGCGACUGAGUCCGGACCUGUUGAUGCUGGGGCCUGCAGAGCCUUCCUCCAUCCCUGUCCCCAGCAGUGCCUACGGGCCCCCCGACUUUCCUAGGAGCUUCUUUCCUCUAACCAGAAGCCCCCCCAAUCCAGCCGUCUAUUCCUCCCCCAACCUCCAAGGAACCCUGCCCCUGUCCACCUGUGAGGCCUGGGAUUGUGCGCCAUGCAGGGUGGUUCUGAGACGGUGUGAUAGCCUGUGUACCAGGCACAGCGACAGUCCGGCAGGGCGAAAGUCCGGCAGAGCGAAAGCCGCUCCACAGUGCUACCUGUGCAAUGCCGGUGGUCAGACGAUGACUAGGCAGCACAAGCCCCAAAGGCGCCCGAAGGUCAGCAAGCGUGCAGGUGCCCAGUGCACCAACUGCCAGACAACCAUCACGGCAGUGUGGCGGCUGAAUGCUAAUAGAGACCCCGUGUGCAAUGCCUGCGGCAUUUAUUACAAGCGACACCAGGCCUCAGAAGAUUCCUAUGCAAGAGGCACCUUCCUCGAGAACAUCAGCGCACAGCGACUGAGUCCGGACCUGUUGAUGCUGGGGCCUGCAGAGCCUUCCUCCAUCCCUGUCCCCAGCAGUGCCUACGGGCCCCCCGACUUUCCUAGGAGCUUCUUUCCUCUAACCAGAAGCCCCCCCAAUCCAGCCGUCUAUUCCUCCCCCAACCUCCAAGGAACCCUGCCCCUGUCCACCUGUGAGGCCUGGGAUUGUGCGCCAUGCAGGGUGGUUCUGAGACGGUGUGAUAGCCUGUGUACCAGGCACAGCGACAGUCCGGCAGGGCGAAAGUCCGGCAGAGCGAAAGCCGCUCCACAGUGCUACCUGUGCAAUGCCGGUGGUCAGACGAUGACUAGGCAGCACAAGCCCCAAAGGCGCCCGAAGGUCAGCAAGCGUGCAGGUGCCCAGUGCACCAACUGCCAGACGACCAUCACGGCAGUGUGGCGGCUGAAUGCUAAUAGAGACCCCGUGUGCAAUGCCUGCGGCAUUUAUUACAAGCGACACCAGGUGAACCGACCACGGACCGUGCAGAAGGGUGGUAUAAAGUCUAGAAAACCCAGGCCAUCACAGAAAGAAAAGAAGCCAGUGUCGAGCCUGGGAGGCACAGGACCCGCUGAUGCUCCGGCUGGUGGCUUCAUGGUGGUGGCUGGGGGCAGCGAUGGUGGGAAUUGUGGGGAAGUGGCCUCAGGCUGGAGAUUGGGCCCACCUGAUACUGCCCAUCUCUACCAAGGCCCGGGCCCCGAGGUGCUGUCAGGGCCUGUCAGCCACCUCAUGCCUUCCCCCGGGCCCCUGUUGGGUUCACCCAGAGGCGCCUUCCCCACAGGCCCCAUGCCUCCCGCCACCACCAGCACUGUGGAGGCGCCACUCAGCCCAUGA